AUGUCUUUUCUGCACACACAUUCGUGCGAGUGUUCAAAGAGCGAGCUUGAUCUCUUUUCUUUACCUCCUACACAAACUAGCAUUGAAAGCUCGCAAUGGAUUUAUUACAAACCUGUGACUUCUCUCGCAGACGACUCGCCCAUAGAAUUUGUCGUGCCAGGCCAUGGCGAAGAAUAUCUAGAUCUUACGCACACCCUACUAAGUUUACGCGUAAGCAUAGAUACGGUGUCAAAACCCNCUGCAACGGGAUCAGCAGUCAAAGUAGGCCCCAUAAAUCAUCUGCUACAUUCGAUGUUUAAUCAAAUCGACGUAUAUUUCAAUCAAAAACUCGUAUCUCCUCCAAACAACGCUUACGCUUAUCGCGCAUACAUCGAAGCGUUAUUAAAUUAUUCUUUACCCGCAAAAACUUCCCAUCUAACUUCAUGUUUAUGGGAGGAAGAUACUCCGGGGCGCAUGGAUGAUACAGAAGGGGCGUUAAACAUCGGACUUCGUAAUCGUUCGAANUAUUUUCAAGACAAAAACUCAGUAGAUCUCAUCGGACAUCUUCACUGUGAUGUUUUUAAUCAAGAUAAAUUUUUACUCAACGGCGUAGAACUGCGAAUGAGACUUGUGCGCUCAAAAAAUUCUUUUUGUCUUAUGGAAACCGCUUCUGAAUCAAAUUUACAUAUUUUAGAUGCUAGUUUGCUUAUAAGAAGAGCAAAGAUUAGUCCUGGAAUAUUACUAGAGCAUGCGCGAAUGCUGAGCAAAACUACCGCCAAAUAUCCUCUUAUCCGAGUCGAAGUUAAAACAUUCACUAUUCACUCUGGUGUUGUGGGUGAAACAUUAGAUAAUGUAAUACUCGGUCAACUACCAAAACGGAUAAUAAUCGGAUUNGUUGAUAACAAAGCUUUUAACAGCGAUAGAAAAUUAAAUCCGUUUAAUUUCAAAAAUUAUAAUAUAAAUUUCUUCUCGUUGUAUGUNGACGGCACGCAGGUUCCCAGCAGACCUCUACAACCGUUAUUUUCGCAAAAUGCAAAACUAUAUGUCGAAGCAUAUCAUACUUUAUUUUCGGGAACUGGUAUUCAUUUCCUGAAUGAAGGAAAUUCUAUAAGCAGAAACGCUUAUGNUGAAGGUUACACGCUUUUCGCUUUUGAUCUUACUCCAGAUCUAUCGGCUAAUUGCGUCGGACAUUGGAAUCUUGUAAAACAUGGUAGUUUACGCUUAGAAGUACGAUUCGAAAAACCGCUUGACACUACCAUUAACUGCAUCGUCUACGCCAAAUUCGACAAUAUUCUAGAAAUCGACUCUUUACGUCAAGUUAUCGUCGAUUUUAGUGGUUAG